UGGAAAAUGCUUAAAGCGGGAAGAUCGGUCACACUGCUGCGAUCAGCAACGCAUGGAAAAUUUAAUUUAAAAAUUUAAAUAAAAUUUGACAAAAGGUAUUCUGACAUGGAUCUCAACGACGCAGUGCUCACAUGUGCGGUGAACAUGCUGUGGACGAACUCCGUGGGCGUCACAGGUCGAAAACUGGCCUACAAGACGGCCACUUUGCGCCUGGUGCGGAACGAUCUGCGGGAAUUGUUUGUGGAAGUAACGCCGGAAAAGCUGAAGCCGCUAAAGUUCAAGCUGAAGGACCUCAUGGUGCACAAGAAAUUCAUGUCCGAGGGCAAGGCCACCUUCAACUUCAAGGCGGAAAACUGCACGCUGUACCUCUCCAACGCUCCGCCAGGCACCUUGAUGUUUUUCCUGCGCACGAUUUUUAUUAAAAUGAAUGGAACAGAAGGAGGAUCGCAGCCAGACGAUGCUACCCUGCAGAAGAAGCUCAGGGAACACCUGAUGUCCGGAAAACCGAGCAGCUUCGAUGACAUCUCGCCGGUCACCACGGCCGAGAUGAUUUUGGCGCGCAAAAAGGCGGGCUUGAUGUCCAAGGGUUCGGUGACCACGCCCUCGCCACAGGGAGCCAAAAAACGGCGGUUUGACGAGCUCAAAGAGGAGAAGGAGCGGGGCAGCUUGCCGGCGGCCAAGAAACUGUAUCAACCUGCCACCGACGAGUCCCUCCGACUGAGUGAGGAGCAAAUGGAGGUGCUGCGGGCCUGCACCUCUGGCAAAAGUGUGUUCUUCACAGGCUCUGCUGGUACCGGAAAGAGUUUUCUGUUGCGAAGAAUCAUCUCGGCUUUGCCUCCCGACGGAACGGUGGCCACGGCCUCCACGGGAGUGGCUGCUUGCUUGAUUGGCGGCACCACCUUGCAUGCCUUUGCGGGAAUCGGAGGAGGAGAUGCCACCAUGCAGAGGUGUCUCGAGUUGGCUUCGCGACCCAACAGUGCCCAGACCUGGCGGAAGUGUAAGCGGCUGAUUAUCGAUGAGAUCUCCAUGGUAGACGGGCAGUUCUUUGAGAAAAUCGAAGCCGUUGCCCGUCAUAUUCGACGCAACGAUCGUCCCUUUGGUGGCAUCCAGCUCAUCUUGUGCGGCGAUUUCCUGCAACUUCCGCCGGUUACAAAAUCAGAUUUCGGAGCAGCAGCCAGCUCUGGGUCUCAGCGGCGAUUCUGUUUCCAAUCAAGCGCCUGGGAGACCUGCAUCCAGUGCGUCUACGAACUGAAGCAAGUGCACCGCCAGUCGGACCCCGAAUUCGUAAAGAUUCUCAAUCACCUGAGGAUUGGUCAUGUCAACGACUCCAUGACAAGUCGACUGGCAUCCACUUCCAAGCAGAAAAUCGAGGGGAACGGCAUUCUGGCCACCCAACUCUGCUCGCACACGAACGACGCAAACUCCAUUAACGAGUCCAAGUUGGAGAAUCUCGACGGAGACAAGGUUUUGUUUAAGGCUGAAGAUUCCGAUGCCGGCAUGACCAAGACACUGGACCAGCAGAUACAGGCGCCCUCUCAACUAUACCUUAAGGUAAAUGCCCAAGUGAUGCUUCUUAAGAAUAUUAACAUCGCCAAUGGUCUGGUCAACGGAGCGCGGGGCGUGGUCGUAAGAAUAGAGAAGGACCUGCCGGUAGUUAGGUUCAAAAACAACCAGGAAUAUGUUUGCAAGCACGAAAAGUGGAUCAUCAAAACCGCCACAGGAGGCGUUAUCACGCGACGCCAAGUUCCAUUGAAGUUGGCAUGGGCUUUCUCAAUACACAAAAGUCAAGGAUUAACCCUCGACUGCGUGGAGAUGUCCCUAUCGAAAGUGUUCGAAGCUGGACAAGCCUACGUGGCCCUCUCCCGAGCUAAGUCCCUCCAGUCUAUUCGCAUCCUGGACUUCGAUGCCAAGCAGGUGUGGGCCAAUCCUCAAGUGCUCCAGUUCUACAAGGGAUUCCGACGCAAGCUGAUGGAUACAACCAUGAUUCCUUUGGGUCCCAAGAACAAGGACAAGAAACCAAUUGACGGAAAGACUGCAAAUAGUGCCCUAGCCAAGCUGAAAAAGAGUCUCAUUAACAAGCCGCUAGUAUCAAUUAGUUGAAAACUAGGAUUAUACCGACCAUAUAAGAUUUUUAGUAUAAACGAGAGGCAUAACCGAUUGUCACAAUAUUACUGAAGACAAACCGACUUGAUAAAACUUAAGAAUAGUUUCUGAACUAAUUUUUAUGAAAUCGUACAUGCAUUUUUAUAGAAAAUCCUUGAAACUAGUAUUAAUCUAUCCCUCUAGCAAUUAUACAUUUUGGGAUUCCUUAGACAAAUGGCUUAGUAAUAAAGUAUGGAAAAUAGUAUUUUAAACAAAAUAA